GCUAAUUAUGAAGACAAUCUGAAUCUGUGAAUAUCCAGUGGAGGGCAGUAAAGUUCAUUUUCAUCAAAGCCACAAGAGAAAGAAGAAGAGAGAGACAUCAUCAACAGUGAAACAUGGCAAAUGACAAGGGUCCUCUGGGCCAGCUCAAGGACCUGGUGGAGCUGAAGGACCAGCUGGAAGACAUCCAGAGACGGAUGGAGGAUGAGAUACAGGCUGGGGUUCCUCCAGGAGGCAGUCUGCUGGCUUCUCCUUUUCUCAAGGGUUUUCUGGCUGGGUACGUUGUUGCAAGGCUACGUUCUUCAGCAUUACUGGGUGUUGCCGUAGGGACGUGUACUGGGAUCUAUGCAGCACAAAAUUAUGCCGUUCCCAAUAUUGAAAACACCGUCAAAGACUACAUACGCAACCUGAAAGGAGGACGCAAAUGAGAAGAGUGGAAGAAAAGUGAGGAGGAGAGACGUCUACAAUCACAGGGUGCCAUUACAGCUGCACACGGGAACAGAUAUUUAUUUCAAAGGUAUAAACAUUUCAAUAGUUAUUUCCACUUUCCACAUGGAUAAGUAAAUAGAAAUAUUCUAAAGUAGUUCUAAAGCCCCUGUUAUGAAGUAAGGUAAAACAGUAUUUACUUUGAUAACGUAUACACAUACAUUUUGUGAUAAAUUCAGCAUAAGCAGCAUGUGGGAAGGAUUACAAUUCAGGUAAUUUAAACACAGAAUACCCCAUAUUUCUUCCCAAAAUGGUCAGUGAUUGAAAUUUAAACUACUACCUAUAAGAGAAUUAUUAUAACUUGCUAUAAAUGAUUUCUGUCCUCAACCCUGCCAUAUGUGCAUUCUGAAGAGUUAUUGAUACAUAAUGAGACCAACCAAUAUCCUUAUCCUUAUGUGCAAGCCAGCUGUUUUGGCUAUUACACCCUUUAAAAGGUUAACUCUAGAGAAACACACUACAUCUAUUUUGAUGUCCAGAUAGAUAUAUAGUAUUGAGUCUCUCCAAGAGGAAUUUUUUUUAAAGAAAAUUGUCUGCCCUCUAGUGGUCAGAAAAUCAAUUAUAGCAGCCCUUAAUAAUUUUCCAUUUUAGCUCAGUAGGGUGAUAUAGCAUGUAAAUAUUGCCUCACCUCACACUCAUGGUGCUCUUCAGUGUAAAUCCUGUGAAAACCCUUGAUGUUUGCAGCUGUCAGAGCAAAGUCUGUAGUGUGGUGUGACACCUUUUCAGGGACAACACAUCACUCCAUGUGGUUAUGGGUAAAUAUUUCACUUUGGUAAAACAUUUUAAUUUUUAAAUAAAAUUAUAGUCCUCAUCUUUGUAGAGGUUCAUUCAUGACAAAUAAAAAGUGACUCCAAAAACACACACUAUUCAAGAAUAAGAAGUAUUUAUCUAGAGAUUCCACCUCACACUGCUUAAAAAAGGUCAUCCUUCAGCCUGCACACAGUUAGUAGGCUCUAUCAAAUUAAUGUACGCCAAAGUGGAAUUUUUGCUUUAAGAUAAAUUAGUUUUAACUGCACUUGGGAGCUUUAACAAAACAGGAAAGUAUGUGUUAAAGUAUUAUGUAAAAUAUAUAUUGAGAGUGCCUACUCUGGUCUGGACUUGACAUUAUCAUCUCAUGCCAUAUGUGCAAUAGCCUUUCCUGAUGUGGUUUGGCUGCCUAUUUCAUAUGCUGGAAACUAGUUGAUCUUUUGCACUUGUAAGAAUGUUAGGGAUUUAAAGCUGUUACUUUGUCUUUCAACAAUCAAUGAUUUUGUUUAUUGUCCAAGAAAUAUCAAAACCUGUCAAAGAGAAUCCGUAUUAUUGUGAUAUGUACCAAAACGGUGUCUGCAUCAUAUUUUGAGUUGUGCGUACUGAAAGGUGUUAUUUGUUUUUUUUAAGGAAGAGAAUUUAACAGUAAAAUGGAUAAAUGAACAAUGCAGUUGCUACAGAAUACUAGUCUGAAAGUCUGAGGUGGAUAACCUGAAUAUUUUUUUGUGUUAAAGCUUUAGUGCGUAACUUUUUGAUAGUAAUGAGCAUUCAUUCCAUUCAAGCCAUUGCCAAAUGAGUUGUGUCAGUGCGCAGUCACGCAACAACAGUUUUCUUGUCAUUACUUAGAAUUCCUCAUUGGGGCAUCAGAAACUACGCACUAUAGCUUUUUAUUAAUGAUUUAAACCCAUAAAAAAAAUAUUUUCACAACCAAAGGUACUGUAUUGCUGCCGUUAAUAUUAAUGCACAUUGCUUAUGUACACAGUCAGACCUGACACAAAAGCCAUAUUUUAGUUCAGAUUGAGGUUGUGUUCAUUUUAGUUUUUACUUUGACUGGAAAGUGUAGAAAACUAUGUGUACUAUAUGUUUGGUAACUGGAACAAAGAAACAACUUGUGCCUAUUGACAAUCAUUAUGAUGCUGUGUUUGUAUUGCAUGACCUUAGUUUCUUAAAGUUCUGUCUAUUAUGUUUUUGCAUGUUUGCUUUUUUUAGUAAUACCUUUCUUUAAACACUUGAUAUGCUGUGGAAUAUAGACUGAUGGGUCAAAUGUUGGUGCCUUAUUCCACUGGCUAAUCUGUCUUGUCAUCAUGGGUUUUUACUCAGUUUGAAAUUCCUUUAUGAUAUUGUAAAAGAAAACCACCAAAACUGUCUUUAAGAGUUUUAUUUGGGUUGUAAAAUAAAUGGUGGAAAUACAGUU